AACCAAAACAUAUAUCUUUUAUUAGCCAUUGGCACAAAUUUUUGUUAGCAAACAACAUGCAUGCUUAUACUUUGCCAAAUAUCAUCCUAGCUCUUUUGCUAGCAUUCUCCUCUUUCUUAGAAUCCCCUAAUUCGAUCUCAGUUGAGGCUCGAAAACUAUCUACUUCUGAUGGUGUCUUUAAGGUCGAACUUAUCCAUCGCAAUUCACCACUUUCACCUUACUACAAGAGAGAACUCCAAGGCUUUGAAAGUGAUAACAAAAGCGAUGCAACAUCGUAUGCUUUAAAAGGUAAUAAUGGUGGACAAUACUUCAUGAAAAUUGCCCUUGGUACCCCAAAAGUCGAAUUUUUAGCCGUGGCAGACACGGGAAGUGACCUUAUUUGGGUCCAAUGUGCACCUUGUAAGACCUGCUUCUCGCAAAAAUCUCCACUCUUCGACCCAACAAAAUCUUCAACCUAUCAUACAAUCCCUUGCACUUCUCCGAAUUGCACCCCUCCAGAUCUUACUACUAGUUGUUCUCCGUAUAAUACUUCAAAUAAUAACAAUAACAAUAACAACAAGUCAUCAAAGUCGUGUUUUUAUCAGAGUAUUUACGGUGAUACAAGACAAAGUAGUGGCAUCCUAGCCACGGAAACCAUUAGCUUACCAACCCCUCAUCCUACCUCUAUUAGCCUUUCUUCCGGCAUUUUCGGUUGUGGCACGGACCAACAAGGCCCAUACAACAGCCCACUAGAGGGGUUUGUUGGGCUAGGAGCGGGCCCAUCUUCCUUAGUCUCCCAACUCGGCCCAAAAAUCAACUACAAGUUCUCCUACUGCUUGGCUCCCUUGACUUCCGGGGUCUCAAGCAAGCUUACCUUUGGAGCCGAUAUAACCGGUCCUAAAGUAGUGUCUACUCCCUUCCAAAUUGGAUUAGCGGGAACACAACCCACAUUUUACAACCUUACUCUCAAUGGCAUUAGUGUCGGGGAUAUAAAUAACUCGGUCCAACUCAACUCGGGGUUGGGCAUAAUCAUCGACUCUGGUACCACUCUUACAAUGCUUCCAACUAAUACCUACACCAGUUUAAAGUAUUCUUUGAAAAGUGCCAUCGGACUUAACACGAUACCGAGCCCUUUGGAAGAUUAUGACCUCUGUUAUAAUACAAGCUCGACAUCAGGGCAGCAGUUUAGCCCUCCAGACGUGAUAUUCCUAUUUCAAGGGGCUGAAGUUGUGUUAAAGGCAUUCAAUACUUUUCGCGAAAUUGAGGAUGGUGUGAGUUGCUUGGCAAUGAUGGCUACCGAUGGUACUCCCAUAUUUGGGAACAUUGCUCAAGUUAAUUUCGAAAUUGGGUAUGAUUUAAAAGCUAAGCAAGUUUCUUUUGCUCCAACAGACUGUACUAAGUACUAACUAGAUCUCAUUCAUUUAUUUUAUAUGAGUAUGUUUUUAUAAUUUGCUUGAUCAUAAUUUUUCAUUCUUAAUUUAUUUUGCCCCUAAUAUUUAGCUAUUUAAUUGUGAUAAGUUUGUAUUAUUUGCUAUUUAUACUUGUAACUAUCGAGUUCCUGUAUCAAGAAGCUUUGCUCAAUAAAAUUGUACUUAUUUUUAUUUUUAUUUUAAUUUUUUUUUUUUUUUUUUGAACGGGCAAUAAAAUUGUACUUCGUAGUAUGUACUUUUGCCUUAUAUAUGUGCUGGUAGAAAAGUUUCUUAUGAAAAGUUUCUGUAUUAAGGCGAUUACCCUCUUAAGAGUCUUAACUCUUAAAUGCAAACUCUACGAUACUCAAGUGUUGUCAUUCUUGGCUAUUAAGUUUUUUGUUCGACAAGAAUUUUUUCCACAAUAAUUUUAACUAGAGAAAUGCUCUUAGUAGCUACGACAAUAUAUAUGUUAUAUAUUUAAUAUCAUGAGUAACAUUACAACUCCCUUAAUCCUUUUACAACAUUUGUCGUAUGCACAAUAUUAUAGCAAAUGUUCAUGGACUAUUAAGUCACAAAGUGCAUCAAUACAUUGAACUCUUGA